AUCAUUGCUCAGCAUGACACUGUUGCUGCUGGUCCUGCUGCUGCUCGGAAUCUGCACUGGCCAGUUCAAUCCCAAUGCAGCUUGUGGCAGAACAUCUAUUGUCCACUUGUUUGAAUGGCGCUGGGAGGACAUUGCUGAAGAAUGUGAACGCUAUCUGGGACCAAAUGGAUUUGCAGGUGUCCAGAUUUCACCUCCUAGUGAUAAUUUGAUUGUCACAAACCCCAAUAGGCCAUGGUGGGAGAGAUACCAGCCAAUCAGCUAUAAGAUCUGCACCCGAUCUGGUGACGAACAGCAAUUCAGGGACAUGGUCACCAGAUGUAACGAUGUUGGGGUCUAUAUUUAUGUGGAUGCUGUUAUUAACCACAUGUGUGGAUCAGUAGUUGAAAAGGGGAGUUCUUCCACAUGUGGCAGCUUAUUCGAUGCGAAUAAGAGAAGCUUCCCUGGUGUGCCGUACUCAUAUUUUGACUUUAAUGAUAAUAAGUGUAAAACUGCCAGUGGUAAUAUUGAGAACUAUGGAGAUGAAGACCAGGUCAGAAAUUGUCGUCUUGUGAGUCUUCUGGAUUUGGCAUUGGAAAAGGAAUAUGUCCGUGCCAAGAUUGCAGACUAUUUGAACAAUCUCAUUCACAUUGGUGUGGCUGGCUUUAGACUUGAUGCUGCUAAGCACAUGUGGCCAGGGGAUAUUCAAGCCAUUAUCAGUAGGCUCGACAACUUAAACAUACAGUGGUUCCCCAAUGGAUCUCGUCCUUUUAUUUUCCAAGAGGUGAUUGACCUAGGUGGAGAAGGAAUUUCAGUCAGUGAGUACUUUGGCAUAGGACGGAUAACAGAAUUUAAAUAUGGGGCCAAACUUGGAACAGUUAUUCGUAAGCAGAAGGGAGAAAAGAUGGCAUAUCUGAAAAAUUGGGGAGAAGGCUGGGGUUUCAUGCCGACUGAUAGAGCCAUAGUUUUUGUCGACAACCACGAUAACCAAAGAGGCCAUGGUGCUGGUGGAGACUCUAUUCUCACCUUCUUUGAAUCACGAUUAUACAAAAUGGCAAUGGGCUUCAUGCUGGCACAUCCUUAUGGAUUUACUCGUGUCAUGUCAAGUUAUAGCUGGCCUAGGAACUUCGUAAAUGGAAAGGAUACAAAUGACUGGAUUGGACCACCAAGCUACAGUAAUGGGUCCACUAAAGCUGUCACUCUCAAUGAAGAUACCACUUGUGGUAAUGGCUGGGUUUGUGAGCACAGAUGGAGACAAAUAAAGAACAUGGUCAUCUUCCGUAAUGUUGCUAAUGGUCAAGCUCUCACUAAUUGGUGGGACAAUGGAGAAAACCAGGUUGCUUUUGGACGUGGAAGUUCAGCAUUUAUUGUGUUUAACAAUGAUAACUGGCACAUGGAUGUUACCUUGAACACUGGACUUCCAGCUGGCACUUACUGUGAUGUUAUCUCUGGAGAGAAGAAGGAGUCAUCUUGUACUGGCAAACAGAUCACUGUGAGCAGCACUGGCUCGGCACGUUUCAAAAUCAGCGGUUCAGCCGAAGACCCAUUUGUUGCCAUUCAUGUCAAUGCCAAACUGUAAAUCUGUGCAUUACCAAUUAAACAAAUGAGCAUAA